UUUGCUUUGGUUUCCCUCACUAAAUGUCAAUAAAAUUAAAAUUUAAUCAAAUUCAGUGUUAAGUGAUAAAUUUAAAAAUUAAAUUAAACUUAAAUAAAAAAUAAAUUAAUAAAAAAAUAAAAGUGAAACAAAUAGAAAGAAGAAUUUAAUAAAAAAAAGUAAAACGAAAAAAAGAAAAAAAAAAUUUAAGGAUUACACAAUUGAAUGUCCGCCAUUUUGAAGAAAGCUCACUACUACAACCACAAGCAUAACCAUCACCAUCACUGUCAUCACCACCCACACCAACAUCAUUGCCACGGAUGUCAUAAUGUUGCGGCAACCACUACACGGACGACAUUUUAUUCAUCCUAACGCAUUCGCGACUCCAUUUUCUAACGUCGUCGUCAGGGGGACAUGGCAGAAGAAUAUCAUCAUAUUUUGCCUUAUAGCUUUCUCUCUCAUAAGCAUUGCUUUUGGGCGGGCUCCACCUGAGCCAUAUUACGGUCGUUAUAUCGGACAGUUUUCUAACUUUGCACAUGGAAUUAAGGGCUCCAUUUAUGCGGUAGAUGAAUCAACUAUAUUCAUAAAAUCAUUCGCAUACGAUGGAACCGGUCCGGAUGCAUUCUUCUGGGUUGGCAAAACACCACGACCGAGUCCAGAAGGAUUUAUUAUUCCCUAUCCAGAGGAAUAUACAGGAAUAGAUCCACCAAUCCUACAAGCGCACAAUAAUACAGACAUCAUCCUUAGGUUGCCUAUGGGUAAAAGGAUCAAGGACAUUCGAUGGCUUUCAGUAUGGUGCCGAAGAUUUACGGUUGACUUCGGUGAAGUCUUUAUUCCACCAGGAUUGGAUGUGCCUAAACCAAGAGUCCUUCCUGAAUUCAAAAGGCUUGCUCAUGGAUUGCGGUCGAGUAACAUUAGUGUAUUGGAUGCAAAAACUUUCUACAUACCAAAUCUGCAUUACGACGGAGCCGGUCCAGAUGCAUACUUCUGGGUUGGCAACGGCACAGAGCCCAAUAUCAUGGGAAUUAAGGUACCAAAUGAAAUCGGGUCCUUAGAGCCAUUACGAGGAUACCAGGGUGAGGAUAUUGAAAUUCAAUUGCCUGGCAAUUUGACAGCAUACGAUAUCGAUUGGUUGGCUGUGUGGUGUGUUGAAUAUCGACACAAUUUCGGCCAUGUCUUUAUACCAAAGGAUCUCGAUGUGCCACCGGCUUUGGGACAAACCAAAAUUACGCCGCCAUGGUGGUAUACUCCGACAACAACAACACCUAAAGUUACCUACGCAAAUUGCCGAGAAAUUCUACCCAAUAAACUACAAGUCAAAUGGGAAUUGCAAGGAGAUUACCUACAAGUUGAAUUGUUCGGUCGAAUUCGAGAAGAUCAAUAUAUGGCUUUUGGUCUUUCGGGUGCAAAUGGUAGAGCCCAAAUGUCCAUGGGUGAUGUUGUAGUUGCAUUCUAUGACACCAAUGCUCGGGUAUUCCGAGCUGAAGAUUACUAUCUCUCAGAUUUGUCACAAUGUGAUGGACAGCAUGGUGCGUGCCCUGAUGAGAGGAUCGGUGGAAGGAAUGAUGUUGUUGUUUUAAGUGGAGAUCGUAAGAAUGGCGUAACAAGUAUUCGCUAUAAACGACUUUUACAAACCAAUGAACCAAUAAAUGACUUAGCCAUUCCUACUGAUCGGGAAGUGUCUGUAAUUGCUGCUAUUGGUACGUUAAAUAACCGCAAGGAAGCUAACGCACAUUCACACACCGGAACUGAUCACAAUGUCGAUGAUAUUCGAAUAAAUUUUGCAUCUAGAAACGAUCAUUCGUGCAAGGCAUCACUGCAUCAAGUCAAGGACGAGUCCGGUCCAACACCAUGGCCAACAAGAAAAAUCGAACAUGAAAGCACGUUUAGUGCCAGAAUCGGACCAACAGGUGGUAAACGUGGUUAUUCUCCUGUAACAGGAAAUCCAUCAUGGGGAAUAGCAUGGUAUUUGAAUGAUCUGCUGAUUCCUGAAAUCACUGUGGAACGUGGGAAAACUUACACAUUCUUUGUGGAAGGUGGUGAUGAUCCAGCUAAUCCAGCCAGAUAUCAUCCAUUUUAUAUAACUGAUUCGCCGGAAGGUGGAAUCGGACAAAAGACUGGCAUUGAAUUGCGUCAACAGAAUCCUUACGCUGGUGUUGAAUUCGAUGAUGAUGGAAAUCCAAUACCGACUGCAGCUGGCCGUUACUGUGAAUGGCAACACAAGACUGUUGAUAAAUCCGCCGAAAUUGAUACAUUUGAAGAAUAUAUGAAAACGCUAGAACUCGAAUGUGAAGAAGGAGAACCCGGCUACCUCAAUUGGACAGUUCCAGCUGAUGCCCCAGAUCUACUCUAUUAUCAGUGCUUUACCCACAAUAACCUUGGAUGGAAAAUAAAUGUCGUCGAUGCGGGCUAUUCAUCUGCAAACACACUUAAUACUCCAUCGAUACUAGUUUCUCUUGUUAUUUCAAUAUUUCUUAGCCUGGCUGCGAUAAAUUUAUCAUCAGCCAGUUCGCCUGCCUGAUAGUUAUUUAAAUUAAAACAAAAACAACAACAACAACCAUCGAAUUGAAAUUUGAAAUUUUUUGAACGAAAAUUAAUUAAUUAAAAUCAAAAAUAAUUAACGAGAAAUAGUUAAAAUAAAAAAAUAAUUAAAUACUAAAAAUAAAAAAUGAAAUUCCAAUUUAAGCAAAAAAUUAAAUUAAAAAAAAAAAAAAAAAAAAACAAAUUCACGCAUGACAGCCAUAUCAAAUUUAUUAAUUAAAUCAUAUCAGUUAUAGAAAAUUUUAAAUAAAACAAAAAAUAAAAAUAUCAAUUUUGGAAUCAAGCAAAAACAAAAGAAACCAUCAUAUCCCAGAAAUAAUGAAAAAAUAGAAUUAAAUUUUAAAGAAAAUAAAAACAAAAUAAAAAUAUUCUCUUGGAGCAAUUUAAAUGAAAAUCCAAUCAAACUAUAGUUAGAUAGAAAUUUGUUCAAUAAAUUAUAAUAAUUUAAGAAUUAGUAUAACUACACAAAUAAUUAAAAAAUAAAUUAAAAAAAAAAAAACAUUUCAAUUUAUCGUUCAUUAAAAUUCAAAUUUCGAUUUGAUAAAAAAAAAAAAAAAAAACAUUUAGCCAGGCUAUAUCACCUUAAAACAUAUCUUUGAACGUUCGGUGGAGUUUUUAUGUGUGCAUGCGAGUGUGUUAGAAUGGAUUUUAAGAAUUAAAAAAAAAAACUUAAAUAUAAAAAUAGAAUAAUAAUUUGCAUUUAGUCUUUAGGUAUAAAAAAUAAAUGAAUAUAUAAAUAUAUUUUUUGUUGGCAAAUACUAUUGUUAAAUAGAUGUUUAAAUUAAAAAAAAAGAAAAACAA